ACGUGGCACUUAAUAUGCAAAUUAUGAGGAAGAGGGAAAAUGCUGAGUCACGAUCUACGACAGAUGACAACAAAACAGUCGUUCAAUUGAUAGUUAUUAAUAUACUGUAGCAUUAUUUUAAAAACUGUUUCAUAAAAACGACGGGCACCCUCUGAUCAGCAGGUGUAAAGAAGAGGGGGAGAACCUUGUCUAACGAAAUGGGAGUGAGAGAAGUUGUGAAGACCGCCAUUAGCGUUGAACAGUCAGAGGGAGUGGGCGCGCGUGUUCGCAGAAGCAUCGGCCGCAAAGAGCUUGGCAAUAUAGACCCUUUUUUGAUGUUAGAUGAAUUUAAAGUCUGCAAGCCCGCUGGGUUUCCAGACCACCCACACAGAGGAUUUGAAACAGUCACUUACCUUUUACAAGGAGUUUCAGCACAUGAAGAUUUCUGUGGUCACAGUGGGAAACUGAAGCCAGGAGACUUACAGUGGAUGACAGCAGGCCGAGGAAUCGUCCAUGCUGAAAUGCCUGUCUCAGACGAGCCACUGCAUGGCCUUCAGCUCUGGGUGAAUUUGAGAAGCUCAGAGAAGAUGGUAGAGCCACAGUAUCAGGAGCUGAAAAGCACAGAAAUACCGAAACCCAGCAAGAAGGGAGUGACAGUGGCUGUUAUAUCAGGCGAAGCUUUGGGAGUAAAGUCAAAAAUCUAUACAAGGACUCCAACCAUAUAUCUCGAUUUUAAACUGGAGCCUGGAGCAAAGCAUGUCCAAGCAGUUCCUUUAGGGUGGACUGCUUUUAUUUAUACACUCUCUGGAAAUAUUCAUGUUGGUCCUGAUGAUGAUCAGAAAAAAUUUGAACCUCAUUACACUGUUGUGUUUGGUGACGGAGAUACUGUGCAGGUUGAAAACAAGGAUACUGAAGUGGCCCACUUUGUACUAAUUGCUGGGGAGCCAAUCAAAGAACCAGUAGUACAACAUGGUCCUUUUGUAAUGAACACAGAGGAAGAAAUACUACAAGCAAUCAGUGAUUAUCGAUCAGGGACCAAUGGGUUUGAAAAGGCUAAGACUUGGCAGUCUAAGAUUCGCGACAUGUGAAUACCUUUGUCACUGCAUAAUUUUGAGUAUCAAGCUGAGAAAGCGAUUACUAAGUAAUACUUAUAUGUGUGUGUGUAAAAGCUGCAAACAGAUAUUUAAGACAGAGAAGUUCAGAUCAAUAUAAAUUCUGUAUCUGCUCAUCUGGAAAGGAAUAAAUACACAUAGAAUUG